UCAAUAUCUGGCCGGGUUUGGCCGACAGACAGCUAAACUGGCACAAGGUGUGAAGAAGUAAUGCGGUUCCCAAAUCAAAGUACUGAUAGUACUGAAAGACGUUGGUGUGGGUUUGGAAAAGCUUAACUGAGGAUAAAAAGUGGAUACAAUGGAACAUGUAAAAUGUCCAAACUUUGACCCUGAGAAGGAUGCUAUUUGCGAAGAGGAGAUCUCCCGAGACCAACAAUAUUGUGAAGAAUGUGGAUGGGAAAUAGACAAGAAAAUUUUUGAUCCUGGAUCGCGAAUGUGCAAUUCAGUAAAAGAUGGAGUGCGAUGUCAGAAUAUCAUUAAAAAACGUUUUUGCAGCAACUGCGGAUCCAGGUCAACAACUCAGAGUGAAAAGUCAGUGAAAGAAAGCAAAAUGACAUCCAAUGGGGCACAACACUUUCCAAACACAAGAAGUGAAGAUAAAGAAACGUUAAAAGUGGAAAUAGAUCAGCAAAGAAAAGAAAGUCCAACUGUUGGUGCAAAUAAAGAAGAGGUUGUCGAGGAGGCAGAAAAUGACAAGAAAGGAAGAGAGAGAAAGGAAUCGGAUGAAAUAGAGGAAAUGAUUGAAACAUCAGGCGAGGAAACGAAUGUACUAGGAGAGACUGAAAGAGAAAAAGAAAGAACAGAUUCAAGUAGCUCUGGUAGUGAACAUGAUGUUUACGUACCACGUUUUCUGGCUACUGCAAUGAACAAUGAUGGCAAAGUAAAAAAGGAACAGGAAGUACCAAAACCAGUUAAGGAGAAGGAAACCCAAAAUGCUAAUAUUUUUGAAGAAGAAAAUUCGGAAAAUUUGGAUAAAAGAUCCGAAGAUGUAGAACAAGAGGAAUUUAAAAACAUAUUAAGACAAGAUCAGGAAAUCACUGACAGCACACAGGGUAGUACAGAAAUCCCAGAGGUUGAUAACAGCAGUACAGCUGUAACCAUAGAAGAUGAAAUGGAAUCUAAUGAUAAUGUUGUACGAGACUCUAUGAAAUUACGAAAUAUUUCAACUGAGAUAGAGGCUGAUCAAGAUAAAUCUGGUACUGGCGUAUGUACAACAGAUUCCGCUAAGGAUUCUGAAUAUAAGAUAUCGCCAUCAAGAGUGCAGUCGAAGAAAACUAGAUCAAGAAAGAACACGCAAAACUUGUCUUCAAAAGUCGACGUGACGUUUCACGCAAUUGCUCCAACGUCAUAUUGGAAGAAAAAGGAUCGAAAGAACACUUGUGUUUUUAUGGAAUACAAGUACAAACCAGAGUCAACAUGGAAAGCAUUGACGACAGAAGUUAUUGGGGACACCGAUGUAGGUUCAUUGUUAAUAGUCAAAAUAAGAUUUGAGAGAUCGGAUGAAAUACAAUACAGAUAUUUUACUGAAACAAAAAAUGGAGACAAAGAGGAUGAAUUUGUUUACAACUACUACCAGACUGUGGCAGAUCGAAAGUUGAAUUUGGGAAAAUGCGGAGACACAUUCAGUGUAUACGAUGGUGUACUAAGACGAAAACCUACAGUUUGGGAAUCAGUGAGCCAUGUGAUACGGUCCUAUGAAAGAGAACUGGAAAAAGAUCUUUCGACUUCAGCAAAAUAUUUAUUUCCAAAAUGGAAGCGGUUUUCAAAUCAAGGAAAACAAUAUACUGGUUCUGAAAUGUUGGAGGAGGUAGAUAUGCUGUACCGUGGACUCAGUUCUACAUACUUUCAAACCUGUGAGCAGUGGAAAAAAGAUGAAAAUAAAUUUCGGAAAUAUGUUGGAAAGACAUUAAAGGAAGUAUUGAGACCAAAGAUCCAAGAUAUUGUAUCGGGGAGCUGUGAUUUGAUCAGCGCAGCUGGGAUUCUUGCAAUCUGCACUUCUUAUACUAUUACCUUGUCGGAUGAAGAGAAAAUUGGUUUGCUCAGGAGUCUGGAAUUGAAAGUUGAUAUGGAAGAAAGGAAAUCAACAAAUCUAGAAGAAAUAUUCUAUGAAUAUGAAGACGACACCAAAUCUGUUGGACAGGCGAUACACCAGACACUAUCGAAUUUGAAGACUUAUACAGAUCCACGAUGGUUAUGCUGUCUUCCUUUGUGCAGAAUAUUUUCGAAACAAAUCAAAAGUUUCUCAGAUCUACCAAAGGACGUUAAUCACAACGCUAAAACACCAACUUGGUGGGGAUUAAAUGACGGUUUCCUUAAUGAUCUGGUGCAGAGAAUGAAAGAAAGAUUCAAAUGGACUAUGAGCCCUAUAGCACUAUUUGAAUUGCUGGAACCAAUGUUUCCCAUUGAUUACUUACUACCAAGGACGUUUGUUGCCAUGUUGAACUUCUCACAACUUCAAGAUAUAGUGGAAAGAAUAGAGCUACCUCCAGAAGUUAUUUUAGCAGCACUGUACUACCACUUGAAAUCAAACAAAGGCAUACUUAACACAAAGCACAAUGCCAUUGGAAACUGUCUCAUGAGAGCAAAAGAAAGUUUAAGAAGAUCUCAGCCUAGCAUGGAAGAGUGUGAUGACUCGUUGACCAGAGCAUUUCUUACAUUCACAAUUGCGGCAGACCUCGUGAAAUAUCUUCAUUCUAUUCAGAGGGUGCAUAUUCAUGCAGAUGUAAUUGAUGGAACUAUCAGCGUUUUCGUGGUUGCAGUAGCAACUUAUAAUGCUCUCACUAACAAAAAGGGUGACGUUGCAUACAACGAAAAUCGACAUUUCAUCGUUUUUGAAGAAUGCAAGAUAAUACUUUAUAAUUGGAUGUUUCACAACUCUCCAAUGUCGGACAAAAAGGAGAUGGAGAAGACUUUGGAUUUUUGGGACAAAAUGCUUUCUAUGGACAUCCCGGAAACACCAGUAAAGGGAAUUUUUGUUGGUGACAUGGGAGAAAAUCUUGAAAAGAUGUUGAAACAGGAAGGCGUGAAUAAAGAAAUUCUUAUAAAUGUGUAUUGUGAAAAAUCUGAAGAAUUUCACGGGGUUGUACAGGAUGUGUUGGGGAAAACUGCAUUCCAGAUUCUCCAAAAAGGACAUUUUUGUGAAAAUCAAAUUGUGACUGGAGGUGGAGCUGCAACAUACGGAAAAAUGCUUACUAGACUUUUUGAGCAGAAGUGGCAGGAAGGAAAUUUGUCCAAAUCACCAUCGGCCAUUCUGAAUUUUACCUUGUCAUGGUCACCAUUCAUUCACUUUCUGGAUAUGUUUUACAACAACAAAAAUGCUGUAGUGUUGAGUCCCAAAUGUCAAACCAACUUUGAUAAGGCGGUCACUCUUUUCAAAACUACAUUGAAGGAACUUUUGAAUGGAAAUAUAUCAAUUAGAACGCUCAAAGAAAUUCUGAAAGCCAAAGAUAAAAUAAUAAGUAUCAAUAGAGUACUUAGUACUCGAGGUUCCCCAACCGACCCCAAGGAUAUUCACAAAUGUUUUGAAAUGAGAGAAAAAGAAAUUGUGCGCAUACAGGAAAUACGAGAGGAUAUGCAAUUAAUCGCACAAAUGAUUGGUUAUGUAGGAGUUGAAACCACAGAAUUGCAAUCCCAAUUAUCAAAGAUGGUUAAAUGUGAGGACGGAAAGAUCGCAGAUCUGUGUGAUUUACCACACGAGGAAUAUCCACCUGAUAUAGGUCAAUACGUUCCCAUUGUAAUUGGAGAAGACCUUAUCCAAAACCUGUCAGACAUCAUUCCGCUCAUAAAGCAAUUGUCAACAAAUGCAGUUUUUCGUCAAAUCUGGACCAACACUGGGCUCAGAGAAUUAAGAGACAAUCAGACAACCGUAUCGGAUUCCUCUGUUUUCAAGAAAAUUUGGAAGAAAGCUUAUACUGAAUGGAAAAACAUUUGUGCUUCGUUUACGAACGGAACUGUCAAAUAUUUCACCUUUGAAAGACUUUGGAAAGAAUCAAAUUGUGGAGACAUACAAAGUUUUUUAUCUCUGAUGUCGAAAAACACAGAUGAAAUUUGGAUAAAUCAGCGAAUAAAACAGUAUCGAGACUUGGAAUUGAUGACGCAGUGCUCAAAAGCAGCGAAUAUCAUUUUGAAAAUCGUGGAAGAGUUCUACUUAAAAGGAGACUUUACUCCCAUUCAAAGUUUAAGUGAAACGGUACAUAUUGGAGAUAUUGCCCUAAAUUCAAUCGACCAAUCAAAGCUGGAGGUGUGUAAAAUUUUACAUGGGAUAACAGAGGAAAAGGUUGAAUGUCUCCAAGCAUUUAUUGAGAGCAAACCGUUGAUCGAAUGGCUAAACAAAAACUUGAAAGAGGACGAGAUGAAAGUCUUCGUUGAUCUUGCCACUAUUGCAGCUGGUGAGGGUGAUAUAGAGGUUGCGAAGGUGAAAUGUCUGCAGUCUGCAACAGCGGGCUAUGGUCCUCUUAUUUUCAUUAUGACGAGACCAUGCAACUACGAUGUAUUCCUUAAAAAAUGCAAUCAAGUAUGGGAUGAAUGCCAGACCGACAAGGCGCUACAUCGGAAAUUGAGAGAUACCUGCAAUCAAUUGGAUUGGCUUGAAAACGUGAAGUCGGCAACCGGAUCUGUUGAAGUGACUUCAAUGAAGUUGGCCGAAAAUAUAAACAAACACGGGUUUUAUAUUAUUGGUGGAUCGAAAGCUCAUUCCUCCAAGUCGACACUGACUUUCGAGGAUGCUUUGAAACUUCACGUUGAAAUCAAAAGAAAAGAAAAGGUAGAGAACAGAACGUAUAAUUUCCAGGAAUUACAGGAACUACAAGGCAAGCUUAUGCUAGUUGCUGGGAAAGCAGAGAUGCAAACAGAUGAAAUCGAACGUUUUAUUAUGAUUUUGGAUUCAGCAGUGCGUUUAAGCCAUGUAUACAUAAAGUUAGUUACAGCUGGAUGUGCGCUGUUCUCAGACUGGCAGGCAAGAUUUUUGUGCGACACAGAUAGGAAAGUAUGUGCUUUCAUUCAAUUUGGCCACGGAAAGAACUGCCUAGAGUUUAAAGGGAGAAGAAACGACGAAGAGGAUGUUAGCACGGUCAUUCCUCGUUUAGCUAACUUCAUGGAAAAGUGCCUUGAAAGCUGGCUGGAAUACAUAGACAAAACAAGAGAUGUCUAUGAACAGUUGAAUCACUUUACAGUCGACCAGAUGGUCAUACUACAAAGAGAAUUAUCCCUCAUUGGAGAUAAAGUAGGGCCUUCUAACAUGGCUUACUCUCUUUUGUCAUGUAUAAUGGAAGACUGUUCGAAGAAAGAUUUAGAGGAUGCAAUUCAAAGUGCUAAAGCAGAUGUUAAAGAACUCAAGGCUGAGGAGACAGAUAUUGAUGAUUCAGACAAUUCCCCCGAAAAGAGAUUCAUUGAGAAGAUAGUGUCUUUGAAAUAUGAUAGAAAACUAGCUGUCGCUGCUUUAGAUUCUGGAAUAGAUCCCAACAAUAUUGAAGCAGGAAUUAUGUACUGUGUUGAAAAUGAAAUGGCAAAACCAGAUGAAGAAAAGAGGGAUUUGGGCUUUGGAAACGAUACAGUGUCUACUGCAGCAAUGCCACGACACAUUUUUGCAUCACUGCAGUGCAGCAAUGAGGAAUCUGCAUUCACACCACUUAUUGAUGAAUUGGAGAACAUAUGGGGAGGGUUUUUAACAACGGCAGCAUCCGGUUUGAAAGACUACCUAAGUGUUGAACAACUUGGCCUAGUUCUUCGGAGACUGGCGGAAAAAAAUACCACUGAAAUAAAGAGACAUUUUUACAAGAUCCUGAAGAGUGGAAACCCAAAUUUGCUGGUUUGCCCAAAAGAUGAAGUUUUCGAGACAGUUCUGUCUAUAUAUGGCUAUCAAGACGAAUGUCCACUACCCCAGUCCGAUGAAGUUCUGUUGUGUACAAAAUACACAUCAAUAGACGAGGUUGAAAUAUUUUGGAGACGGUCUUUGUACAGUACAUCUUCUAAGGUAUAUUGCCUUGUCCACCCUGAUGCAUUGGGAUAUGACGUCAGCGAAAAAAGUGAACGUCGAUUGGAUUAUCACCUAAAGCGAGCGAUCGAAAAAGAUACCAAAUUUCAGUUAGUGAUCGUGACUAGUGAGGAAAAAGAAAUUCACACAAGUUUGUCGGUUGCACUGGAGAAAUAUAAGUGCCCUCCAAUGCCAUCUAUGGGGAGAGAGAAGUUAAAACGAUACCUUAUUGGCAAACUCACUGGAAAAUCAGCAAAACCCAACAUAAUGCCAGCAUCCUGUGUGGAUUUUGAUCAGUCAAGCGUCCGUGUCGUAAAAUCGUACCGCGCUGGUGUAGGUAAAACACUGUACAAAAGGAGAUUAUCAGAUAAACUGAGGAGAGAUUACAAGGAAUUGAAAAGAGAAAAACAAGAUGUAAUAUCAAUACCUAUUCACAAGGGGGAAAUAAACGUGAACCAUAUAGUUUCAAAACUACGAGAACAGACUUUGCCACCAAAAUGUAUUGAGCCUCGAAUCAUUCAUAUUGACCUUUCACAUGAGGUUCAAAAAGGGAUUGACUACUUGCUGUUUCAGUUACUGGUUCUCGGAAAAUUGACUGACGAAUUUGGUUGCGUCUGGAGAAAGAAAGAAUUCGAUUUCUAUCUUAUAGAGACUCUCCCAGCCAGCGAUGAAAGUAGGCAGAAGGAUCAGUGCAUGCUUGAAAUUUUGCCAGAUGUGGUUUGCAGGUCUCCAAUAGAAAGUUUAGAAAAAUUAAAUACAGGAAAUCCAGGCAUUGGAGAUCGUGAUCUUCUUUUCGAUCAACAAGAGUUUCAAAGUCCAGUGUUUCAGCGACCGUAUCAGUAUCUUAGCCGUGUUGACAAAGGAAAAUCGUUGACGGAUGUUAAUGUUGAAAAAGUGGAAGGAAAUUUACAGUCAUGUUUAGAAUUGCUUUUGAGGCAUUGUGGAAUUAAAGACCCAUCAUGGGCAGAACUAAAGCAAUUCGUUGGCUUUCUGAACACACAGUUUCAAGAUUUUGAAAACUCUGCUUUCACUGGGGAAGGAGCAGCUGAUGUGCUUCCAGGAUUUGCAAGUUUUGUCGCACGAUUUCUAAUACAGAUGUCUAGAGAUUUUGCAACAAGAUCCCUGAAUAUCAGCGAAUUGUCUUCCGUUCAUGAGCAAAAUGAAGAUCAGCAUGUUGCUAUUCUUUCCCAAUUUCAAAUGAAAAGAACUUGGGAGAGCAGUCCGCAUCCAUACCUAUUCUUCAAUCCGGAUCAUAACUCCAUGACUUUUCUUGGAUUCCAAACAGACAACAAUGGAAAUUUAUUAGAUCAGAAAACUCAGAACAUUCUUGAGGCAAACAUAUUGCGAAAGGAUCUGCAAGAAGCCCUGAAAAGAAAUGAAGUUAACUUGAACGAGGACUUUGAUUCACUCGCAAGGGACCAAAAGUUGUUAAAGCUGUACAAUGUGAUGGGAGUUUCUAUGAAGGAAAACGAUGUCUAUGAUCCAGAUCCGUCAUACGAACUCACCACAGACAAUGUUAAAAAGAUCAUGGCAAUAUAUAUGCGUUUUCGGAGCGAUAUACCUGUUAUUGUCAUGGGAGAAACAGGUUGCGGUAAAACAAGACUUGUAAAGUUUAUGUGCUCUCUACAAUGCCCUCGAGGAGUUGAAGUACAAAAUAUGAUUCUUAUGAAGGUUCAUGGAGGAACAACUUGUUCAGAUAUCAUAGCCAAGGUGAAAGAUGCUGAGAAGGUCAGCUUGGACAAUGAACAAAAAUACAAAGAUAUGCUAACAGUUCUCUUCUUUGAUGAAGCAAAUACUACCGAAGCAAUAGGAUUGCUCAAAGAAAUCAUGUGUGAUGGUUCAAUGGAUGGAGAGGCUGUCAAUUUCAGGAAAACAUUAAAACUUAUUGCGGCUUGCAAUCCAUACCGAAUACAUUCUGAAGAACUCAUUAAAGCACUAGAACAAGCAGGGCUUGGGUACCAUGUGGAUGCUGAGAAAACGACAGAUCGAAUGGACCAUAUACCAAUGCGAAGAUUAGUCUAUCGUGUUCAGCCCUUACCACAGAGCUUGCUUCCACUUGUAUGGGAUUUUGGACAGUUAGAUUCUGACGUGGAAGAAUUAUACAUUCGGCAAAUGGUCAUCAGAUAUAUCAACGAUGGAAAAUUACCAAAGGACGUUGAAGAACUUCCAAAUAUUCUCAGUCGAAUACUUAAUGCAGCACAACAAUUCAUGAGAAAGCAGAAGAAUGAAUGUAGUUUUGUCAGCCUAAGAGAUGUUGAAAGAGUUUUGGAUGUCGCGCAUUGGUUUUACAAGCAAGGAGGCACCAGGGACGGGUUCCUUUGUCGAAUGAACAAAAUGUGUGAGGAAAGUGAAAAUGGGGCUGAUGAUUUUGCAGAAAUCAAAAACAAGGAUGAUCAAGAGGAUAUUUCUGACCUAACCAAAUCCAUUAUUUUGGCUCUUGGAGUGUGUUAUCAUGCCUGUCUGAAGGAAAGAGAAGCCUUUAGAGAUGACGUCAGUAAAGCAUUUGGAGGAGCGUGUAAACUUCCAGGAGGGUCUCAAAAAAUAUUUGACACUAUUCAAAGGUAA